AUGCUGGAUGAAGAGGGUAUUGCCUAUUGGACACUUCCAACGUAUGUCAAAUGUGUUUCGAUUGACUACAGGAACAUCCAGAUGAUGACACGGGAGCAUCUUUCAAAAGCCCAGAGAGGACUAAUAGGGGAUGGGGUAUCAGAGGUACUGCAAAACUUGGUAGAGAUCUCUCAGGAUGGGACCAGCUACAGUGGGGAUCUACUUUCAACCUUUGAUGUACUCAGGAACAUGACCGAGAUCUUCCGCAGGGCCUAUUAUAGCCCAAACUCCAAUGAUGUUCAGAACUUUGUGCAGAUAAUUAGCAACAUAUUGACUGAAGACAACCGGGAGAAGUGGGAAGAGGCUCAGCUGAUGGGGCCAAAUGCCAAGGAACUCUUUAGGCUGGUGGAAGACUUUGUUGAUGUCAUUGGCUUCCGCAUGAAAGACUUCCAGGAUUCCUAUCAAGUGACCGAAAAUCUGGUCCUCAGCAUUCAGAAGCUUCCUGCCAAUGCAGCCAAAGACAUUACCUUCCCCAUGAAAGGCUGGCGAAGUAUGGUGGAUUGGGCCCGCACUGCAGAGGACAGGGUCACAGUAUCUAAAAAUAUCCUCUCUACGGGGGUUUCAGAGACAGAUGACUCUGCUGUCUUUGUGGUGGGGACAGUGCUGUACCGAAAUUUGGGUGGGAUCCUCGCGCUCCAGAGGAAUACCACAGUACUCAAUUCUAGAGUCAUCUCUGUGACUGUGAAACCAGCUCCCCGAUCCCUCCUCACCCCGAUGGAAAUCGAAUUCUCCCACCUGUACAAUGGAACUACCAACCAGACAUGUAUCCUCUGGGAUGAAGCUGAUGUACCCUCCUACUCCUCCUCCACCAUCACCUCCUCCUCCUCCUCCUCCUUCUCCUCAUCUCAGCUUGGUGCCUGGUCCUGGCGUGGCUGCCGAACAGUCCCGGUCGAUCCUUUCCGAACUAAAUGCCUCUGUGACAGAAUCUCUACCUUCGCCAUCUUAGCCCAGCUCAGUGCUGAAAUGAAUCCAGAAAAAGUGCUCGUUCCUUCGGUUACUUUAAUUGUUGGCUGUGGAGUAUCUUCCUUGACUCUUUUGCUCUUGAUAAUCAUUUACAUUUCAGUCUGGAGGUACAUUCGCUCAGAACGUUCUGUCAUCCUUAUCAACUUCUGCCUCUCCAUCAUAUCUUCCAAUGCUCUCAUCCUGAUUGGGCAAACCCAGACCCGGAAUAAGGUGAUAUGCACCUUGGUGGCAGCCUUCUUGCACUUUUUCUUCCUCUCCUCCUUCUGCUGGGUGCUGACGGAAGCCUGGCAAUCAUACAUGGCUGUGACUGGCAGGUUACGCAACCGCAUCAUCCGCAAACGCUUCCUAUGUCUUGGAUGGGGCUUGCCUGCCUUGGUGGUUGCCAUCUCUGUGGGAUUCACUAAAGCCAAGGGAUACAGCACCAUGAACUACUGUUGGCUCUCUUUGGAAGGAGGUCUGCUGUAUGCCUUCGUGGGACCUGCAGCGGCUGUCGUUUUGGUGAACAUGGUUAUUGGUAUUCUGGUGUUUAACAAACUUGUAUCCAAAGAUGGAAUAACAGAUAAGAAACUGAAGGAACGGGCAGGUCAGAUGGCAGUGCCUCUUUACGGCAUCACGCUCAAAUGUUCCAAGUGUGGAGUGGUUUCUUCCGGUGAAGUUUCGGCCACAGCCACCAGUAACGCCAUGGCAUCCCUUUGGAGCUCCUGCGUGGUACUCCCUCUCCUCGCUCUGACCUGGAUGUCAGCAGUGUUGGCUAUCACUGACCGCCGGUCUGCCCUCUUCCAGAUCCUCUUUGCAGUCUUUGACUCCUUAGAGGGCUUUGUCAUUGUCAUGGUCCAUUGCAUCUUGAGAAGAGAGGUUCAGGAUGCUGUGAAAUGCCGAGUGGUGGAUCGUCAAGAAGAAGGGAAUGGAGAUUCUGGGGGAUCAUUUCAAAAUGGACAUGCUCAGCUCAUGACUGAUUUCGAGAAAGACGUAGACAUGGCUUGUAGAUCAGGUGAGCACAUUACAGUGCUCAAUAAAGACAUCAGCACUUGCCGCACCAUGACCAUCACAGGGACUCUGAAGCGCCCUUCACUGCAGGAUGAGGAGAAGCUGAAGCUGAACCAGCAGAAGGGUUCAUCCAACUUUAACAGUCUUCCAGCCAACGUCUCCAAGAUGCACCUCCAAGGGUCACCACAUUACCUAGGGGCCAUCAACCUUAAUGACUUCAGCAACCACACCCUUACUUUGAAGAAGGAUAAGAGCCAGCCUCCCAAGUCGAUCUACAUCUGUGAUGGAGAUAUCUUCAAAAAGCUGGACUCAGAGCUUUCCCGGGCACAAGAUCAAGCCAUAGACACCAGUUAUGUUAUCCUGCCCAGCAACACCUCCACCUUGCGGCCUAAGCCUCCACCACCACCACCGCCACCCAAGGAUGAUACAAAAUAUAGCAUCAACAUUGACCAGAUGCCACAAACAAGGCUGAUCCAUCUCAGCAUGGCCACAGACCCAGGCUUUGUUGUCAAGAGCCCACCAAGGGAGCCUGUGGGGAUGAGCUGCGGAGAGGUUCAGGCUUCCCCUAUGAUGCAGCAGCAGCAACAACAACAGUUGUCCCCUCCUCUGGUUAACAAGUCUGGUGACUCAAAAAUGCCAAACAGCUUGUGUGACACAGGCGAGUCCAGUAAUUCUGGAGUAGUAUCUAAGAGUGAGACCAUCUCUACCCUUUCCAUGAGCUCCCUUGAGAGACGGAAAUCCCGUUAUGCAGAACUAGAUUUUGAGAAAAUAAUGCACACGAGAAAACGUCACCAAGACAUGUUCCAGGACUUGAACCGGAAACUGCAGCAUGCAGAGAAAGACAAGGAAUCUCCAACAACAACAGACUGCAAGCAAGAAAAACAGCAGACGCCAAACAAGAGACCCUGGGAAGGAAUCCGGAAGGUCCACUCACCCCCAGCAUGGGUUAAAAAGGACAUGGAGCCUGUUUCCCAGUCUCCUUUGGAACUCAAAACUGUUGAAUGGGAAAAGGCAGGGGCCACAAUCCCGCUGGUGGGACAGGACAUCAUUGACCUCCAGACAGAAGUCUGAGAAGGACAAGAGAAAAGAGACUCGGAAGGUGUGUGUCCUAUUUCCCCUGCCAGGAAACAACACAAAAAAAUAGCAACAACAUACAAGCAGAUAAGAUGUUUUUAUACAUUAAAAAAAGAACCAAUUAAAGGAAAUCAAAGCAGAGAGAGAAACGUCUGUUGGUUUCUUUUCGAAACCUUUUGGUUCAAAGGAAGUAAAUAUGGAGUAACCUUUGUAUUGUUCUCUGCAGACAGAGUUGGGGGAAUCUAUUACUUUGUAGAACAUAGUAGCAGUAGGUGCAGGACGAAACGUGGUCUUUCCCAGGUGAGGAAGGAAGCGAAGGGAAACAAAGCAGGCCAAGGGGAAGGGAAGAAUAUGGGGAGGGGGAAAGGGGGGAUUCAAGUUUUUCAGCCUCCAGUUCUCAGUAGUGAUUGAAGGAUCUUUAUCAAGAGCGCUGUGGCAAUGGAAGUCAGGAGUGAAAGAAUCUACAACCAGACGGAAGAUCUCAGUGGGAAACCUACUAAGUGGUAGAUGAUUGCUGUUCCUCCAGACAUGGCUUACUGCCCAUUGGUUCUUGGAAUGAUGGUGGGAGGACAAGAAAAAGGCCCAUCUCCUUUCCGCUCCCUUGAAGCCAUCUGAAGCAGAGAUUCUCUACCAAGAAAAGGCCUCCUUAUAAAUGGGAUUUCUCCAGCAGCUCUCCAUGAGCUACGUCAGGGUGCGGCGGGAGAGAAGGUCUUGGGGAGCGACUCCAACAUGUCUUCUUCCAUGCUGGAUUUUCUGAACUCUUUGACGAUAAGAACAGCAACCGUGGCAGCAAAAGUGUGAUGUGUGAACAAUGAACAGAGCUUCUCUUAGGACAAUUGGGUUCCGUUCAACCGAUCUCCAAGAAAGAAAGAAAGAAAGAAAGAGGAGAAAGAACUUGACUGGGUAAGGGAGGGUUUUUUUAAAACACACACACAGAAGCAAACAUUGAACAAAAAAGAAUGUAGGCCAUUAUAUUGACUGUUAGUAGAUCAUAGACAAAGCUAAUUGUGGGCCUUUCUACAAAAGGGUCACGUGGCCUCAUUUCACCCUCCCUUUUGUUUUCAAAAGACUCAGUGCCCCUUCCCCCGGUCUACUUUCUCAACGUGGUCAAUACCGGAAAAGUUGAGCAUACGGAGAACAUUGCCUUAGGACUUUGAGACAAACUGGAAAAAAAACAAAACAAAACAAAAAAACAUUGAGUAACAUCUACUUGGGGAAAAUCUAUUUUUUUCUUCUUUUUCUUUUCUUCAAUAAAAAGAGAACUUGAAACCCGAGGAUGUCCCUUUCUUUAACUUGUGUCCUUCCAAAUGUCUUUCCCCAUAGUAGGUCUGCGCAAAUGGGGUGAGUAUCCCAGGCUGGUGGGUGUUUUCCCCCACCUUUGACCUUUGAAGAAAAAGAGGGGAAAUACUGUGCCAAACAUGUUGGUCUUUUUCAUCCACUGGGUUGGAACAUUGCAUUGUAUGGAGCAAAUUACUAAAUAGAUCCUCCUUCUUUCUCUUGAACCUGGUUAAAAAUCUGAGACCACAGACCCUCAAAAUCGGAACAGUCGUGAUUGAAAUAGGAUCAAUUCUAUGAUUCUGUUAGAAAUCCAUAGAGAUCAGUGCCACUGCUGCCUCUUGUGGAGAUAGCUGUAAAUGUUCCAUGCGAGGGCAAGAUAACUGCAAGCACUGAUCAAGACAUCUUGAAAUUUUCCAAUAAAUAUGUAUAUGUUCCCAGAAUUUCUUCUGUUCCCACAGUGAAAUAGUAAAUCAUGAACUCUCUUAUGGCAUACUUCUGCCAUUUAACAGGAUAAUGGUCAGCAAUAUUUAAGUAAAGAAGAAUAUCAGGGUUUUUAUAUUGUAUGUAUAUAUGUAUUAAUAUCAGCAUUUUUAGUCAAGAAACAAAUGUUCAGGAUCUUUUCUCCACCGAGAGCAAAAGCCUGUUAAUCUGCUCA